CAAGUGCGAAAACAACUGCGAUUGAGAUUCGCUAAUUUGAAAUGCCACGCUACAAGACGCCAAGGGCUGACAAGGAGAAGCUAGUUCUCCACGUCUUAGAUAUACGCUCUCAAUAUUACCAAUGACCAAAACUUUCAUUCGUUUGACAGAUUUUGGCUUUCUGAUUUAUCUUUGAUUUUUGUUUCUCUUCAUCCUUGGUUUGCACUGUCUUCCGCCUCGUUAUGCCCGCCCCAUCAUAUGAGGAUCGCCAGGAAUGGCGGCGACAGCAAUUAGAAGCAAAUGAUCAAUUUGUGGUGGAAAUUCCCAAGGUCGAACUUCAUGUUCACAUAGAAGGAACCAUGACGCCGGAGCUGCGAUGGCAGCUAAGUCUUCGAAACGGCAUUCCCCUCGCAGUUGGACCGCAAAAGACUGUACUGGAUUCAUUGGAGAAGGUACGGCAGAUCUACAAGCAGAUCAGGGGUCGUAUUGGUGCCGCAUCUGCAGAUCAAAAGCUGCAUUUUACAUUCUUUGAAGCAUAUUAUGGAGGAUUUGAUCUCUUGCAAACCGAGCAGGAUUAUUAUGAGCUCGCGAUGAACUAUUUUGAGCGUGCUGCUCAGAUGAACGUUCGCUAUUGUGAGCCAUUCUUUGAUAUUCAGGGCCAUAGCCGCCGAGGGAUCCCAGUUACUGUAGUGAUGAAUGGGUUCAAAAAGGCGCAGAUAGAGGCUGAGGAGAGAUUAAAUGUGAAAUCCCAAUGGAUCAUGUGCAUGCUGCGAGACAUGUCUCCGGAAUCAGCAAUGGAAAAUUACAUUGCAGCCCUUCCAUUCAGAGACAUGAUUGUGGGCAUUGGACUGGAUUCGGAUGAAAAGGAUCAUCCACCGUCGCUGUUCAAGGAGCUAUUCUUACGUGCCCGUGCGGAUGGAUUCAAAUUGACCAGCCAUUGCGAUUUUCAUCAGAAAGACACACAUGAUCAUAUCCGGCAAGUUGUCGAGGAAGUUGGCGGCAAAGGAGCAGAUCGUAUCGAUCACGGCAUGAAUGCUACAGACCGCAGCGAGCUUAUGGGUCUCAUCAAAGAACGGGACAUUGGCAUGACUGUUUGCCCAUGUGCUUAUAUUCGUCAUCAACCAGUCGUGGAAGUAUUUCCUCGCAUUCGUAAACUUUUUGAUGCCGGAAUCAAAGUCACAAUUGCCAGCGAUGACCCGGCUUACAUGGAGGAUAACUGGGUCUUGCAUAAUCUUCUGAUGGCUCGAGAUAAAUGCAGUUUCACAGACAAGGAGAUUGUGCAACUGCAAAGAAACGCCGUCUCAAUCUGCUGGGCCCCGGAAAACUCCAAACAAACACUCUUGCAUGAACUUGACGCUUUUGCAAAAUCAUAUUCCGUAUAGACAAAUUUUCUGCGUCCUUUUCCGUAUAAAGUCUGACUUCUGAUGGGUACGGCUGUCAAAACAUUGCCGGAACCUCCCGAGCAUCGUGAUAUCGCGGGUACCUGACACUUCAGCCUAUCUCUCAUGCCAACCCUGCGCUAGUAACCCGUCAAAUUAUGUUGACUUGUCCCCAACUUAGUUGACAGCGCCGGCCAAGGCGAGUUAAGCUAUCCGACCCGCAAACUAACUGUGAUAUGGCAUUCUUCAGUAUAUUUACUCCAACACCAUUGGCCGAUAAGCCUAAUCCUUAUCGCAGCGGUGCAAUACGGCAGUUAAGGGUCGUAUCGUGUUGUCGGAUUUGGUGAUAGGAAGAUCUGGGAGGAAAAUGGUAUAUGCUUGGACGAAAGGUUCUGGAGUAAACUUCUUGAACGUGAGAUCCCUUUUGUCAUUUCGAGGUUGUGUGUGUUGUGUGCAAAUUAUUCGAAAUGGCGAACAAAGACCCUGCUCAGGUUGACG